CCCGCUCCGCAAGCAGCAGACUUCGUCCGUUUCGUCUAUUCUCUCCCCUAACUCAUCCUAACUCACAGGUUCAGACGCAACCAGACCAACUCGCCGCGUUUGGCGCUUUAGACCUCGCCGCUGCGACAUCUCCAUCAGCAGAGGGUCAUGUCAUUCGCACGGUGUUUAUCGUCGUCCGCGGCAGCGGCGGCGACGGCGUCGACCAGCAUGCUGUCGCUCUCCGCGUCGUUUAAAUCCAUGUCCGUGAGCGCUUCGGCCAGCCGCGCCGCCUCUGCUCAGAACUGCCGCGUCGUUUCGCGCUCCGCGUUCCUCGGCGCGAGACCCGCUGCGGCUCGCUUCUUCCCUGUGGCGGAUCUGCUUCCCGCGGUGAAUGCGCCGUCGCAACCGGCGUCGUCGACGCAACUGAAGGUGGUGGCGAAGGAGGGUUACAAGCUUAAGACGCACAAGGCUUCCGCCAAGCGCUUCCGAGUGACGGGGUCGGGCAAGGUGGUGCGCCGACGGGCGUGGCGCGCGCAUUUGCUGAGCAAGAAGAGCCCCCGCCGGAAGAACCGCCUCGCCGGCAUGACGGAGGUGUUCCGGGGCGACCUGGACAAGAUAGUGGGCGCCAUGCCUUACCUCAAGGUGAACCGCCAGCGCCUGCCGCCCUCUGCUAUGGUGUAUGAGGAGGAGGAGGGCGAUGAGGACGCUGAGUAAACCCUGAACCCUGCAGCUGCUGCAGGGGUGGGGGUGGAUGUUGCGUGCUCUGCUGUUUUCGGAAGGGGGGGUGAUAUUCGGUAUAAAUGGCAGAAAGGUUGUAUCUACAGUGUUUGCGACCAAUUUCAUGUACGGUCACAGCAUUUUAAUACCCACCAGUCAAGGGAAAACUUGUUAUGUUUCCCCAUCACUGCCAACCCAUUAAAUAUACUUCUAGAGUGAAUGUAGUGCGCGUGAGUGUAUCAGGGUCAGGCCCCUAGAUUGCAGGAAAUUUUUCCUGAUUCAGGAAAAAAACAGAGUUGUUGCU